AGUAGAUCUAGGAAUGGCGAUUUCACCGAGAUCGGCUCCGACCCUUUUCCUGUUACUAACAAUCACACUUCUCUCUCAAUCCAGACCAUCAUUGUUUGCCGGCGCCGACAACGCCGAUGCAGAUCUACUUACCGAGCUCCAAUCCAUCCGAUCUCGCUCCUCCUCCGGCGUCGUCCACCUCAACGACAACCUCCUUCGCCGUAUCAUCACUACGAAACCCCGAUCUUUCUCUUUGAUCCUGUUCUUUGACGCCAUCCAACUCCAUGACAAAUCCGAACUCCACCUCAAAUCACUCAAAUCUGAGUUCUUCCUUCUCUCCAAAUCCUUCGGCAUCAACAAUCAAGAUUCUCAAUCAGCGCUUUCGAAACUCUUCUUCUGCGAUAUUGAAUUCGGUGAAUCGCAAUCAUCUUUUGCCCAAUUUGGUGUAAAUGCGUUACCCCACAUCCGCCUCCUUCCACCUGAUGCUUCCAGCUUGAAAUCCGACUCGAUCUCCAUGGACGCGGGAGACUUCUCACGUUUAGCCGAGUCCAUGGCGGAAUUUAUCGAGUCGAGAACUAAACUUACAAUGGGUGAAAUCCACCGUCCCCCAAUUCUUUCGAAAACCCAACUAGGGUUCUUAAUUGUUGUGUUCUUGAUAUCAUUACCAUUCAUGUUUAAAAAACUACUAGCUGGUGAAACACUUUUACAUGAUAAGAGGUUGUGGCUUUCUGGGUCUGUGUUUGUUUACUUCUUUAGUGUAUCGGGCACUAUGCAUAACAUAAUCCGCAAAAUGCCGAUGUUUAUAUCCGAUAGAAAUGAUCCAAGCAAGAUGAUCUUCUUUUACCAGGGGUCUGGAAUGCAGUUGGGUGCUGAGGGUUUCGCUAUCGGGUUCCUGUACACGAUUGUGGGGCUGUUGUUGGCUUUUGUUACUCAUGUUUUAGUUAGGGUAAAGAAUUCGAUGGCUCAGAGGACGAUCAUGAUUGUUGCCAUGAUUAUUUCAGUAUGGGCUGUGAGAAAAGUUGUGUAUUUGGAUAACUGGAAGACUGGGUAUGCUGUUCAUGCUUACUUGCCUUCAACUUGGUGAAGCAAUGAAAUCGGUUGGUUAUAGUUUUUUGAGUUGUAUCUAAUAGCUAUCCAUGGUUGAUAAGCUUAACUAUGCUAUAAUACAUGUCAUUGCUUCAAAUUGUAGGUUUAAACAAGUACUGGUUACUUUUAAUGCAUUCUUGUUUUAGAAUUAUGUGGGUGUUCAUGGCUCACUUGCAGGC